GGUGGGACGUCCUCCUGGAGAGAGGAGGGGAAGACGAACAAGAAAGAGGAGAAGAAGAAGAGGAAGAAGAAGAAGAAGAAGAAGAAGGGAAAGGAGUGGAAGGAGGGGGGUUGGAGAAGAAGACCGUUGCGCCGCAAGAAGUGACUUCAGACACCGCGCAACACUCGCCGCAGGAGCGCAGAAAGUCCGGCCGCCUCUCCGCCUCUCGUCGGCGUGCGUCUCGGCUUUUAAAAGCGUCCCGGCUGCUGCUGCUUCUUCUGCUGCUGCUGCAGAGAAGACAAUCCACCUUGCAUCUUGUAGUGUGUUUUUUUUUUCCUUAUAUAUUUUUCUUUUUUCUUUCCUGGCAGAGUUUUGCGCUUGACCGGCAGAGCAGUGAGCGGGCGGAGGAAGGAGAGAAGAGGUGGAUACUUCUCCAGGUUUACGGGGCUGCGCUGCAUUCCAGACCGGAGCGCAGCGCUCAGGAGCCGGACCCGGUGCGCUCCGUCUCCCUGCUCCUUUUUUUUUUUUUUUUUUUUUUUUUUUUGGAAGAGUCCUGGAUCUUUCCUGCUUGUUUUCUGCUACAUUGGGACAUCAAUAAUGCUGAGAGAGAGCUGCUCUCAGUUGAACUAGAGAGAUAAACACAAACACAUCGCGCGUUUUUCCCUCCUGACUUGGAUUUGGAUUUAAUGCCCUCUUUGGCUGCAACCAUGGGUGGAUGGUGGAUAUUUGUCGGUGCCCUGGCUGCGAUCCUCUCUGGCCCCCGAGGGAUAUACGGAGCUUGUACCUACGAGGGAUCGCUGUAUGCGAACAACACAUCAUGGAGACCGCAGUUGUGUCGGGAGUGUACCUGCUACAGCGACGUGGCCAUCUGCAAGCCCAUCCACUGCCCCAACCCACAGUGUGACUUCCAGAGGGGCGAGCUUUUGAGGAUCCCUGCCAAAAAGUGCUGCCCGGAGUGCGUCUCCUCGUCCCAGGGUUCCUGCCAGCACGAAGGAGUCAUCUAUGGACAUGACGGCGAGUGGAGUCCCUCGCCCUGUUCGGUGUGUAUUUGCUCCAGAGGGAGUGUAUCCUGCAGCACCCGCCCAUGCCCCGCUCUCAGCUGUCCUGGGGAUCAGAGCCCGUUCACCCCAGCCGGGGAAUGCUGUCCAAAGUGUGGCCGCAGUGGAGAGUCUUGCUCCUGGCAGGGGGUUGUGUACAGGGAUGGUGAGGAGUGGAAGCCCAGCCUCUGUUCCAGAUGUGUCUGCAGCAAUGGGGAAGUCCAGUGCUCAGUGGCAGAGUGUCAGCAAGUGGCCUGCAAACCGCAUGAGAACUUGGUGAUUCAGCCGGGCCAGUGCUGUCCUCAGUGUGUGUCCAACCCCUGUCUGUCUGCUGGGAAACAACACCAGCAUGGCGAGCAGUGGCAGAAGAACGCCUGCACCACAUGUGUGUGUGACCGGGGCCAGUCAAAAUGCCACGCGCACACCUGUCGGCCCGUCACCUGUGACAAGGGUCACACCAAAGUAAAGCGUGCCGGUCAGUGCUGCGACGAAUGCGCUGCUGCCAAGGGAAGCUGCCUGUACGAGGGCGCGGUGCGUUACCAUGGAGACAUGUGGAACGGCACCGGCUGCGAGUUCUGCAGCUGCAACCGGGGUCAGGUUCUCUGUCGGAGGGCGGAGUGUGGUCGCGUCGAGUGCCCACAGGAAUCAGAGCGUGUUCACCUGGCGGGGAAAUGCUGCCCGGAGUGCUCCUCUGUGAAACCUUCCUGUGUGCACGAGGGAAAAUCCUACAAGGACAUGGCUCAGUGGACCGAUGGCAGUUGCCGUGAGUGUGAGUGCCGUGAUGCCCGGGUGACUUGUUAUCUGCGGUCCUGCCCCACCUGCCCGCCAGGCACCCUGGCAGUCACCCAGGAGGGCCGAUGCUGCCCUGAGUGUCAUCAAGUCCAAUGUCACGCCGACUGCCUGUCAUGUCUGGGGACUCCAGACCACUGUGAGAGCUGCAAGGACCCAAAGGCCUUCCUCCACCUCGGCCGCUGCCUGUCCGCCUGUCCAGCUGGCCACUACGCUGAGGGACGAGCAUGUGCAGCCUGCCAGUCAUCCUGUGCCACCUGUUCCAGCAGGUGGGACUGCCAGUCCUGUGGCUCCCAGCUGCCCCUGCUGAGCACCGAUAGUGGCCAGUGCCUGGCUUCCUGUCCUCCCGGUUCCUACCAGCACGACCGCACGCACUGUCGCCACUGUCACGAGUCGUGCUCAGGUUGCCGGGGGCCCAGCCAGCGGGAGUGCGUGGCGUGUUCGGACGCAGCUGCCUUGCUCAAAGACGGGGAAUGCGUCCCCGACUGUGGUGGAGGUUUCUACAGCCAAGACGGCGUCUGCCACGCCUGCGAUUCCUCCUGUGCCUCCUGUUUCCCCGACAACCCCAAGUGCAUGAGCUGCCCUCCGGGGACCGCCCUGCAUCAUGGGAAAUGUAUUACCCAGUGUCCAUCUCAGCAUUACCUGGACAACCACAACAGAUGCCGAGCCUGCCACAGCUCCUGCGCCUUGUGUUGGGGCCCCUCGGUUUCCCAGUGUACCCUGUGUCCAGGUGGGCUCCUUCUCCACGAAGGCCAGUGUGUGGAGGCCUGUGGGGAGGGGCUGUACUCCCAGGACAAUACCUGCCACAACUGUCACCCUUCCUGCCGCUCCUGUGUGGGACCCUUGGCGUCGGACUGUCUCGGCUGCCUCAAAUCAGAGGAAGCCCUCCUGCCGCAGUCCGGUCACCUCCAGCACGGCGUCUGCUCAGCUGGAUGUCCCGCCCACGCUUACCUGGAUGAGGUGCAGACAUGCAGAGAGUGUCAUCCCUCCUGCCGGCGCUGCACCGGGCCAUCUGCAGACAACUGCACGUCCUGUCCCUCCUCGUCCGGCCUGCACGACGGUCGCUGCGUCCCCUCCUGCCCGCAGGGCUUCUUCAUCCAGGACAAUCAGUGCCAAGCGUGUCACCCGUCCUGCCAGACUUGCUCCGGCUCCUCGCAGGCCGACUGCACCUCCUGCCCCCCGUCGGCCUCCCUGCAGAGCGGCUACUGCAGGACGAGCUGCCAAGAUGAGCAUUUCCUCGACGCUGUCACUAGAGAGUGCCUCAAGUGUAGUCCAGACUGCCAGCGCUGCACAGCAGACCUCCAGACGGGCAUCGGCAGCGUUUGUCUGUGGUGCAAAAUGCCGAGGACCUGGCUGCUCGGCGAUCACUGCGUCUCUCAGUGUCCCGGGGGCCACUACAGCUGGCAUGGAGUCUGCAUGAGAUGCCAUUCAUCUUGUGAGGCCUGCAGUGGGGUGGGGCCUCUCUCCUGUACUUCCUGCCCCACGAACAGCGUACUGUUGCAGUCGGGCCUCUGUGCUCCCAAGUGUCCCCUCGGUUACUACGACAAUGGUCACAGGGUCUGUCAGGCGUGCGACAGCCAGUGCCUGACAUGUGACAUGGCGGGGGUUUGUACGUCCUGCCUCGACCCGGCCAAGGUGCUGCUGUUUGGAGAGUGCCAGUAUGACAGCUGCGCCCAUCAGUACUACCUCAACACCACGACCCGUGCCUGCAGAGAGUGCGACUGGAGCUGCAACGCCUGUAAAGGCCCUCUGCGGACUGACUGUCUGCAGUGUAUGGAGGGUUACGUGCUGCAGGACGGAGUGUGCACCCAGGGGUGCUCCCCAGGCUCCUAUCGAGAGGGAGACAGAUGCCUCGGCUGCGAUGAGCACUGCGUGGAGUGUCAAGGUCCCGGACAGUGCCGGCGAUGCCAGCCUCCGCAUGCCACCCUGCAGGGUCAGUGCGUGCUCGACUGCGGCAGAAACUACUUCCUGGACGCCUCCUCGCAAGUCUGCAAACCUUGCUCGUCUGACUGUGCGCUGUGCGAUGGGGUCGGACUCUGCCGAGCUUGUCGCGACCAAACCUACCUCAUAGAGGGAUACUGCACCCCCGACUGCGGACAUGGGUACUACGCCGACCAGAAGACCAGAACCUGCCACGUGAACAUUCACCCGCCCACGCUCCAGGUCAACGGUUCCCUGCUGGUUCCCCUUGGCGGUUUCGCCCCACUGCCCCCUACCCUGCUUCAGGUGAAGGACCCCGACAGCCCGUCUGAGCGGCUCAUCUUCCAGCUCGUCCAGAGCCCGGGCAACGGGCGGCUGCUUCUGCUCAGAGGGGAGGAAGGAGAAGACAGGGAGAGGAGAGGGAAGGCGGGCCGAGAGCUGACCAGGGAUAACACCUUCACUAUGGAGGAGCUGAGAACCGGCCGGGUCCGGUUCAGGCAUCAGAAAGACAAAGCCAGGACCGGUGAGUUCACCUUGCGUGUCGCUGACCCCCAACUGUUUUCUCAACCGGAAACCGUCCAAGUUCAAGCUGUGUCAGUGCAGCCUCCCAGGGUAACCGCUCUCACUCCUUUACCCGUGGAGGGCCUAGGCGCCCUGGCAACCAUCACCAAGUCGGUCCUGCAGGUUGAUGACCCAGACAACCCGGCUGACGUUCUGGUAAUGGUCAUCGAACCGCCCCGGCACGGCCGGCUGACCCGCGUCCACGGCGACCGCGCACUCAGCAGAUUCAAGCUGGAGGAGCUGUCGCGGGAGCAGAUCCAGUACGUGCACAACGGCUCAGAGGGGACGGAGGACGGCGCCGUGCUGCAGGUCAAUGACGGCCACAGCUACAGGAACGUUCUCCUGCAAGUCCACAUCAAUCAGAAGGCUGCUGACUCUCCGCUCGUGCUGUCUGUGCCGGUGACCUGGGUGAAAGAGGGAGGAAUGGUGCGGCUGGAUAAGAGAUACCUGAAGGCCGACUACAAGGGAGUCGGCACUGAUGACAUCGUCUACACCAUCCUCGCCUCAGAUGGGCAACCUAAAUAUGGUGAGGUGGUGCUGGUGUCCAUGCCAGCCGACGGCCCACCAGAGGGCUGGCGCCCGUCGCUCACAGACGACCAGGGCUUCACGUCCACGACGUCUUUCACUCAGCAGGACGUCAACGACGGCACAGUCUGGUACCGUCACUUUGGCAGAGGCACCACCAGCGACUCCUUCCAGUUCCAGGUUUCUACAGAGGCAGCUCCAGCCACACAGAGCGACGCCCAGACCUUCACCAUCGGAGUCCUGCCUCAGAUCCCAGGGUUCCCCCAGCUGGCCCCCGACUGCGACCUACAGAUCACGGCUCUGGAGGAUCGGGUGACGGAGAUAACGCCUUCAGCUCUCUCCUUCGUCGACUCUGAGACUCCCAGCGAGAAGCUCAUCUACAACAUCACCAAACCCCUGCUGCCAGGACAAGGGGUGAUUGAACAUCGGGACAGACCGUACGCAGCAGUGAGCCACUUCACCCAGGCCGACGUCAACAACGGCAAGAUGGUUUACAGACCGCCACAGGCUCCCUCACACCUGCAGGAGCUCUACCAGUACUCCUUCAUCGGUUUACCGGAGUCACUGAGCGUCUAUUUCACAGUGUCAGACGGUGAACACACCACGCCGGAGAUGGACUUUGCCGUCCUGCUGCUGUCGAACCACCAGCAGCCGCCGGUGUUCCAGGUUCUGGAUCCGCUGCUGGAGGUCAGCUUGGGAGGACAGGCUGCCAUAGGCGGUCAGCAGCUGGCCGUAAGCGACGCUGACACGGCUCCAGAUGAGCUGGAGUUUGAGCUGGUGGAAGCUCCCAUCCACGGAGAGCUGAUUAAGACUGAUGGCAACACACACACCAGCAUGACCAGCGGUGACAUCUUCACCUUCAGCGACAUCACCCGCAACGUCCUGCUGUACCGACACGCCGGCCUCUCCGCCCGGGACGAUGCCAUCACCUUCUCAGUUAGCGACGGCAUCUCCAUGGCGACCACAGUGGUGCAGGUGUCGGUGCUGGGAGCCGGGGGCGACGGACCGCAGCGUGACCCGGCGGCCACGCUGUCGCUGGAAGUGGGCGAGAAGAGCAGCACCGUGAUCAGACGCUCGCACCUGGCUUACACCGACGACCCCUCCCCUGACGACCAGAUCCGGAUCCAGUUGGUGUCGGUGCCGAUGUACGGCAUCCUGACCAGGAGCCAGUCCCAGCAGGAGCACCAGGAGCUGAGGGAGUACUCCUCCUUCACCAUGGAGGACAUCAACAAGCACAGGAUCAGGUACAUCACUUCCCUAGAGACGGGCAGUCAGCCGGUUACAGACAUCUUCCACUUUGUUGUCUACGACGGAGACAACAACCGCCUCGACAAUCAGAUGUGCACCAUCACCAUCACCUCCGCGCCCAGACAGCCGCCGGCAGUGACUGUCCGCAGCGGCAUCAAGGUCCAGGAAGGCGGGCGUGUGCAGCUGUCGACCAAUCACAUCAUAGUGUCAGACCUUGACACACCUGGGAAGGACCUGCUGGUCUGGCUCGUCAGUCCUCCUAAAUACGGAUUCAUUGAAAACACCAACAGAGGAGGCUCGGUUGGCGGCUCGCGGGUCGUCACACCCGAUGUGCCCUUUUCCGUGGAGGACUUGACAUCCGACCACAUCUUCUACGUCCAGGACGGCCAGCACGAAGCUCAGGCAGAGCGGGACGUCUUCAGCUUCUACAUCAGCGACGGACACAGUCAGACGGAGGCUUUCAACGUGGAAAUCGACAUCCAGCAGAGCAAAGAGGACCGCCGGCCGGUGGUGUCGGUCAGCAGCAUCCAUGUGGAGGAAAACUCCGGAGUGGUCAUCACCAACUCGUCUCUCAGCGUCCACGACCAGGACACACCGGAGAACGAGAUCCUCAUAACCAUCAUCAGGAUCCCUUCCUAUGGGAAGCUCCGCAGACGACAGUUCUACUCUCAGCCCCUGGAGAACGGCCGGGUCCUCACGCAGGGCUCCACCUUCACCUACCAGGACAUCCUGGACCAGCUGCUGGUUUACACGCCUGAAAUCGUCAGCGGGGGUGCAGACGAAAUGGCCUUCACCCUCACGGACGGCAUCCAUACGCACACUGGCCGCCUGGAGUUCACCAUGGACGUCAGGAAGAGCGAAGGACCCAGACUGACCGUCAACAGAGGCCUGCAGCUUCCUGCCGGGUCUUCGUCUAAGAUCACGGAGCAGAACCUGAAGGGCACAGACAUGGACUCGGACAGCCUGAAGCUCAGGUACAUCCUGACCAAAGACCUGCCAGCCGGCAAACUUCAGCUGAGCAGGAGCGAACGUGUGGAGAAGGUUUCUGUCAAGGGUCCCGUUCAGAGCUUCACGCAGGAGGACGUCAACAAAGGCUUGCUGCAGUACAGCCACGAGAAGGGAGAGAAGGGAGGCAGCCUGUUUUUCAAGUUCAACCUGGUUGAUCCAGAGGGCAACAAACUGAUCGACCAGUCCUUCUUCAUCAGUGUGCUCGAGGACCGACUCCCUCCGUCUGUGGUGGUGAACAAAGGCCUGGUGCUGGAUGAAAACUCCAUGAAGAAGCUCACCACGCUGCAGCUGUCGGCCAGCGACCAGGACAGCGAGCCGGGCGAGCUCAUCUACCGCAUCACCAAACAGACCGGCCUGGGUCACCUGGAACACGUCGCCAGCCCAGGCACCAGGAUCAGCACGUUCACCCAGGCCGAUCUGGCGUCGCGCAGCAUCCAGUACGUCCACACCAGCGAAGAGGAGAAACACGCCGACCAGUUCUCCUUUACCGUGUCUGACGGGACAAAUGAGGUUGCUCAGACCUUCUACAUCACCAUCAAACCAGUGGACGACUCCCUGCCUCUGCUGCAGGUCCCCGGCAUGAGGGUCCAGGAGGGUGUGAGGAAGACCAUCACCGAAUUCGAGCUGAAGGCCACUGACGCAGACACCGAGGCGGAGUCCAUCGUCUUCACCAUCGUCCAGGCUCCUCGCCACGGCACCAUCGAGCGCACCGGCAACGGCCAGCACUACCGGCAGACCAGCAGCUUCACCAUGGACGACAUCUACCAGAACCGCAUCAGCUACAACCACGACGGCUCCAACUCACUCAAGGACCGCUUCACCUUCUCUGUGGCUGACGGCACCAACCUGCUCUUCAUGGUGGAGGAGGGCGGCAAAGAGAUAGUGACGGCUGCUCCCCAGAAGUUCAAGAUCGAUAUUCUCCCAGUCGACGAUGGCACACCACGUAUUGUCACUAACUUGGGCUUGCAGUGGCUGGAGUACAUGGACACCAAGGCCACCAACCUGAUCACCAAGAAGGAGCUGCUGACCACGGACCCCGACACAGAUGACGGACAGCUGGUUUAUGAAAUCACCACCGAGCCGAAGCACGGCUUCCUGGAGAGCAAGCUGAAACCUGGCAACCCCAUCGCCACGUUCACACAAGCCGACAUCAACCUGGGUCUGAUCCGCUACGUGCUGCAUCAGGAGAACGUUCAAGAAACCAUGGACAACUUCAAGUUCCUGGUCAAGGACAGUAAACCCAAUGUUGUCAGCGACAAUGUCUUCCACAUCCAGUGGUCCCUCAUCAGCUUUGAGCACAAAAGCUACAAUGUGAGUGAGAAAGCUGCUACGGUGGCAGUGACGGUGAAGCGAACAGGUAACCUCAACCAGUACGCCAUCGUCCUGUGCCGCACCGAACAGGGCAGCGCCACCUCCACCGGCAGCGUUGGAUCGCGCCCCGGCCAGCAAGACUAUGUGGAAUAUGCUGGACAGGUGCAGUUUGAUGAGCGCGAGGACACCAAGGUGUGCACCAUAGUCAUCAGUGAUGACAAGGUGUUCGAGGGAACCGAGAGCUUCCACGUGGAGCUGAGCAUGCCCGUGUACGCGCUGCUGGGCGGGAACACUCGCGCCAUCGUCAACAUCAACGACACAGAGGAUGAACCCACCCUGCAGUUCGAUAAGAAGACCUACCACGUUAACGAGAGCACGGGACUCAUCCACGUCCCCAUCGAGAGAAAAGGUGACGCCUCCAGCACCGUGUCCGCCCUCUGCUACACUGUGGCCAAGUCAGCUCAGGGCAGCAGCCUCCACGCCCUGGAGUCCGGCUCCGACUACAAGAGCCGCGGCAUGACCAGCGACAACCGCGUCCUCUUCGGCCCUGGCGUCAGCAUGACCACCUGUGACAUCAAGCUCAUCGACGACAGCGAGUACGAGCUGUCCGAGGAGUUCGAACUGGUGCUGUCGGAUGCCUCGGACAACGCCCGCAUGGGGGACGUCACGGUGGCCAAGGUCGUCAUUGACGGACCCAACGAUGCGUCGACCGUCUCCCUCGGGAACGCCACUUUUACUUUCAGCGAAGACGCUGGCACAAUCGAAAUACCAGUGCUGCGCCACGGCAGCGACCUCUCCUCGUUGACGUCCGUGUGGUGCGCCACUCGACCCUCAGACCCCCCCUCAGCCAGCCCGGGGGUCGACUACAUCCCCAGCUCCAAGAAGGUGGAGUUCAAACCUGGGAAAACCGAGGAGACCUGCAGUUUGACCAUCAUGGACGACGUCCAGAACCCGUCCAUCGAGGGAUCCGAGUCCUUCGUGGUCUUCCUCAGUUCUCCUCAGGGUGCUGUCCUACAGGAGCCCUACGAAGCCAACGUGGUCAUCACUGACACCUUCCAGGACAUUCCCAGCAUGCAGUUUGAGAAGAGCGUCUACACUGUGAAGGAGAAGGACAGCGUCCUCCACAUCCCCAUCAUCCGUACGGGCGACCUGUCCUUCAAGUCAUCCGUGCGGUGUUUCACCCGGACCAUGUCUGCCAUGGUGAUGGACGACUUCGAGGAGCGGCGCAACGCUGAUGAGUCACGCAUCACUUUCCUCAAAGGAGAGAAGGUGAAGAACUGCACGGUUCACAUCAAUGACGACUCCGUGUUCGAGCCUGAGGAGGAGUUCCAGGUGCACCUCGGUACGCCGCUGGGAGACCACUGGAGCGGCGCCAUGGUGGGCGUUAACGACAUCGUCGCCAUCACCAUCACCAACGAUGAAGACGCUCCCACCAUCGAGUUCGAGCAGGCGUCCUAUCAGGUCAGAGAGCCUCCUGGGCCGGACGGCAUCGAGGUGUUGAACAUCAAGGUGAUCCGUCGGGGGGAUCUGGACCGAACCUCCAAGAUCCGCUGCAGCACCCGGGAUGGAUCGGCCCAGUCUGGAGUCGACUACAACCCCAAGAGCCGAGUGCUUAAAUACACCCCGGGAAUGGACCACAUCCUGUUCAAAGUGGAGAUCCUGUCCAAUGAGGACAGGGAGUGGCACGAGUCCUUCUCAUUGGUCCUCGGCCCUGAUGACCCCGUGGAGGCGGUGCUCGGGGAGAUCACUAUGGCGACAGUGACCAUUCUGGACCAGGAGGCUGCAGGCAGCCUCAUCCUGCCUGCCCCGCCUAUUGUGGUCUCGCUCGCUGACUACGAUCACGUCCAGGAGGUGAUCAAGGAAGGCAGCAAGAAGACUCCCUCCCCCGGUUACCCUCUGGUCUGCGUCACCCCCUGCGACCCCCACUACCCCAAGUACUCUGUGAUGAGGGAGCGCUGCGAAGAGGCCGGGAUCAACCAGACGCAAGUUCACUUCUCCUGGGAAGUGGCGGCCCCCACCGACACCAACGGGGCCCGGUCCCCGUUCGAGACGGUCACAGACACCACCCCGUAUACCAGCGUCAACCAUAUGGUCCUGGACAGUAUUUACUUCAGCCGCCGCUUCCAUGUCCGCUGCGUGGCUCAGGCCAGGGAUAAAGCCGGUCACCUCGGAACGCCGCUGAGGAGCAACAUCGCCACCAUCGGCACAGAGGGCUCCAUCUGCCACACGCCUGUUACCACGGGAACCGCCAGAGGCUUCCAGGCCCAGUCCUUCAUCGCCACGCUCAAAUACCUGGAUGUCAAGCACAAGGAGCACCCCAACCGGAUCCAUAUCUCAGUGCAGAUCCCCCAUCAGGAUGGCAUGCUCCCCCUGGUGUCCACCAUGCCUCUGCACAACCUGCACUUCCUGCUGUCAGAGUCCAUCUAUAGGCAGCAGCACGUCUGCUCCAACCUGGUCACCCUCAAAGACCUGCAGGGUCUCUCCGAAUCCGGGUUCCUGGAUGACGUAUCCUACGACAGCAUCUCUCUGGGGCCGGGCUAUGACCGCCCUUACCAGUUCAACCCCAACAUCCGGGAGGCUAAGAGCAUCCAGCUCUACAAGCACCUCAACCUCAAGAGCUGCAUCUGGACCUUCGACGCCUACUACGACAUGACGGAGCUCAUCGAUGUCUGCAGCGGCUCCGUCACCGCCGACUUCCAGGUUCGGGACUCGGCUCAGUCCUUCCUGACGGUGCAGGUUCCUCUCUAUGUGUCUUACAUCUACGUGACGGCGCCGAGAGGCUGGGCAUCUCUGGAGCAUCACACCGAGAUGGAGUUCUCUUUCUUCUACGACACCGUGCUCUGGAGGACAGGUAUCCAGACUGACAGCGUCCUCUCGGCCAGACUGCAGAUCAUCAGGAUCUACAUCAGAGAGGAUGGACGACUGGUGAUUGAGUUCAAAACGCACGCCAAGUUCAGAGGUCAGUUUGUCCCUGAACACCACACUCUGCCAGGCCACAAGUCCCGCCUGAUGGCCCCCGACCACCUCGGAGGCAUCGAGUUCGACAUGCAGUUGCUGUGGAGCGCUCAGACCUUUGACUCGCCGUACCAGCUGUGGAGGGCGACCAGCUCCUACAGCAGGAAGGACUAUUCAGGAGAGUACACCGUCUUCCUGAUCCCCUGCACCGUGCAGCCCACUCAGCCUUGGAUCGACCCCGGGGACAAACCUCUGUCCUGCACGGCUCACGCUCCCGAGAAGUUCCUGGUGCCGAUCGCCUUCCAGCAGACCAACCGGCCCGUUCCCGUGGUUUACUCCCUCAACACGGAGUUCCAGCUGUGUAACAACGAGAAGGUGUUCAUGAUGGACCCGGCCGCCACCGACGUCUCUAUGGCUGAGAUGGACUACAAGGGAGCUUUCUCCAUGGGUCAGACGCUGUACGGCAGGGUGCUCUGGAACCCUGAGCAGAACCUGAACGCAGCCUACAAGCUGCAGCUGGAGAAGGUUUACCUCUGCACCGGCCGCGACGGAUACGUCCCCUUCUUCGACCCCACCGGGACGCUGUACAACGAGGGGCCGCAGUACGGCUGCAUCCAGCCCAACAAGCACCUGAAGCAUCGCUUCCUGCUGCUGGAUCGUAAACAGCCGGACGUGUGCGACAGAUUCUUCCACGAUGUUCCCUUCGAGGCUCACCUGGCCUCAGACCUCCCCGAGCUGCAGUCCAUGACGGCCAUGCCGGGCGUCGACGGCUUCACGAUGAAGGUCGACGCCCUCUACAAGGUGGAGGCGGGGCACCAGUGGUACCUGCAGGUGAUUUAUGUGAUCAGCCCAGAGUCGCGGUCCAGCCCCAGGAUUCAGCGCUCAGUGACCUAUCAGCUGAGCCGCCCCAAACGCGACCUGGUGGACCGCAGCGGGCGCCUGACGCUCGACGAGUCGCUCAUCUAUGACAAUGAGGGCGACCAGGUGAAGAAUGGCACCAACAUGAAGUCGCUCCGCCUGGAGGCCGGGCCCUCCGCCACCUUCAACGCCCACGUGGGCAGCUCGGUGGGCGGGGGCGUGGCCGCCGUCACCCUGCUCGUCCUGGUGCUGCUGGCCUCCUGCUUCCUGUUCCGCCGCUGCCGACGGUCGGCCAAGAAGAAGACCAAGAAGUCACAGAAAGUCUACGAGGAGUAUCCGCUCAACACCAAGGUGGAGGUGUGCAUGGACAAGUGUGUGGAGAAGAACUUCAGCACCAAACACUGCACGGUGAGGAACAUCAACAUCCUCAACCGCAACCAGGAAGCCAACAGCAAGGCCAAGGUCAAACAGGUCAACCUGGAGGUCAAACUCCACAACAACCUCAACGACGGCACUGAGGUCUGAAAGACUGACGAGGAAGAUUAGAGGAAGAGGUGAAGAUCAGGAGGAGGAGGAGGAGGAGGAAGAGGGAAGUAAAAAUAAAAAAAUAAAAAAAGGUAUUUUCUAAAAGAAAGUUUGUACUUAAGGAGCGAGAUGUUUGUUAAUGUAUUUUUAUACCACUUUGAAAAAGGGAAGAGUGUGAAGUGCAGACAGCUACACGGCGUUUUAAUCAUUUCACAACUGGGCUACCUCAGGAAUCCACGAACCAGUCAGCUGCAUGAAACAGCCAAAACAUCUGCAUCCCAUCAUCCGGACUCUCCUUCUUCUCAUCGCUGUUUUACUUGACGUCCGCGUCCUUCUUUAGCACCAAAAUGGUGACAGGUAGCUCAGACACUGGUGAUUGUUUCGUACAAAGUCGCUUCUCUGCUGUAUCCAGUCACGUCACUGCUAUUAAACGCCACCACCGCUGAGGCGGUAGCUGGGGUAGAAGUUUUUUUUUCCCGUUAUCCUUCGGUCAAAAUUAACUCGAGCGACUUCUGCAUCAGCUGCUUCUGACUUCCUGUGAAAAGUAUUAAGCAGGCACGGUGUGCUGCUAUGGCCUGAGGCGGAAUGAGUGCGGAGUGUAAAUAAUAACACAAAUGAAUGAUAACUUUUCAAGUGCAAUUAUGCCAUAACUUUUGUUAAUCCUUCCCUCAUGAGCAGGACCUUUUUUUUUUAUUACAUUAUUAAAAAAGUGUAUGUCACGCCUUAUUUAGAGAUAUUUGUACUGUCACGUUGAACAAACAGAUAACUCUUCCCUUUUUUUUUUUUUUUUUGUUCGUACUCUGACAGCUGCCAAUAUUAUAAGUGCCAUGCAGUAUUUUCCUCAUGAAUCUCAAAGCGAAUCAUCCAAAGUGUUUUCUUUUUCUUUCUUUUUUUUUUUUCUCUCCCAAGAGCGAGAAAAGUGAAAAUUUCCACGUGAUUGUAACAGAAAUCCGACGCCAGAGCAAAAGUUUCGAUCCCGUCCGCACGACUGAGCGCUUUCGCCUUACUCCUGUUCUAAUGAAAAAAGAAUCACUUUUUAAAUGAUGUAUUUUGUAAGAGAUGUGCGUCUAGCUGCCUUCGUUCUGCCCAAAGACACAAAACCCACUCACAUCUCACUCUUUUCUUCAUUUAUGUAUUACUAUCGUACCCUCUUAUGAUAUAUUAUGUUACGCUCAGCUACUGAUGUACCCAUGAUGUUAAGGUUACUGUAAUUUUUAAUUGUUUUUUUUUUAAAGUGUAUGACACUGGUGGGAGAGCACUGCAAAAGAAAAACAAAUCGUUUCUCUCCAUUCGUCUCUUUGAUUCACCUCCUGUCUUCUUUCAACUGUGCCUAUCAAACGACAUCGGAACGGGGGAAUUCUGGGAAAUAACAUUAUAUUUUUUUGGUGCUAUCAUUUUGUGGAAAAUAACUAUGAUGCUAUCAAUAUGAUGCCUGUAUUUGGUGCCUUUUUUAGUAAUAAAAAAAAAUUCUGAAACAUG